AGCUUUCUGGGGAUCCUUCAGCCGGCAGUGGCACGACGGGGGCCUGCGGCUCUCCCACCUAUCACCCUGGCCCAUCUUUGCUUGGAUGGCGUUUUCCUCUCCCCGACCGAAAAUGACUUUGUGCACCGCGUCCAGGAGGAGCUGGACCGUUUCCUGCUGGAGAAGCAGCUGUCAAAUCGCCUUCGGUACCUGAUCCAUAGGACAGCAGAGAAUUUUGAUCUUUUGAGCAGCUUCUCUGUUGGGGAAGGCUGGAAGAGGAGGACAGUGAUCUGUCACCUGGACGUCAGGUCGCCCAGUUCUGAUGGACUCUCUGGCCCCCGCUGCCCUCCUGCCUCUCACCCUAACAAGUACCGAGGUCCUUGGCCCACCUCAAACCAGGGACUGGCUGCUGGUCCCCGAGGGGCUCGGGCAGGCCGGGGACGGGGGCAUCGAGGACGCAAGCCCGACCAGGCUUUGUAUGUGCCUCGGGUACUACGCAGGCAAGAAGAAUGGGCACUAACCCCUACCCAGGGGCACAAGGCUGACGUUCUUGCUGGCAGCCUCCAGGAAGAGCCUGGAGAUGUUGGUGAUGGGGACCCCAGCUCUGAUCUGGAACACCCUGUGUUGAUGACUCAGGCAACAGAGGACCUAAAGGGCUCGGGCCAGCAUUGUGAGAAUGAGCAGCUGCUGGACCCAAUGAGCAUUGAGCCCUCGGAGCCCAGGAGCCACUCAGGGAUGAGAGACAGCCUGGAGAAGGUCACACAGCUUUUGCCCAAUUUGCAGCUGGACUUGGAAGAGGGGAAUGGAAGUGAGCUGGAGAAGAGCCUGGCAGCAGAGGAGGAAGAGGAAGAGGUGGAAGUUGGGCCUGGCAGCUUCUCCCAGGAAGAUUACAGUGAGCUGCUGCAGGAGAAGCCCGCAGGACUCUGUGUGUUGUUUGAAAGCAGUUGUGUGGAGCCUUGUGUCAGAGCUCCCCUCGCUAAAAGGCACAAUCUCACCCAGAUAAUGGACAACCUGACCCAGAAGGAGAUUCAGGUAGAGAAGGUCCAUGUGGACACAUCCUUCUUCGAGGAGCUGCCCGGAGAGCAGGAUUUUGCCCACGUGGUGGAGAUCUACGAUUUUGAAUCGACACUCAGGACUGAGGACCUGCUGGCAGCGUUUUCCGAGUUCCAGGAGGAGUUCAAGAUUCAGUGGGUGGACGACACGCACGCUCUGGGCGUCUUUCCCUGCCUGGCCUCAGCUGCUGAAGCCCUGACCAAGGAUUUCUCAGGGCUCAAGAUCCGGCCCCUCAUGCAGGGAAGCAAGCAGUCCAAGCUGAAAGCCUUGCAGAGGCCAAAGCUCCUGCGUCUGGCAAAGGAGAGACCACAGACAAGUACAGCAGUGGCCCGGAGGCUGGUGGCCCGGGCCCUGGGACUUCAACACAAAAAGAGAGAGCGGCCUGCUGUUGAGUCUCCUACCUCCCCGAGGCCCUGAGAGGCCCAGCCAGCCUGGAUCAACACCCCCAUGACAAGCUGGUGCCUCAACACCACAAGCCUUUACGGAGACCAGAAUGGCCCUGUAUUCCCGUUGCAGCGUCACUGUGGGGCAUGGGCUUUAGUUUGGUUUAGUUCCAGAAGCUGAGAAAAAAUAAAAACUUAAAAGUUGUUUUAAUCUG